AUGCUGCAAACUUCAUGGCCAGCCUCGGAGAAUGAACUCAAUCAUACCCACCGCGACGAGACUUUUGCGAUGGAUGCCAAUCUUCAGGACUGCACUGGUCUUGAGGAACAGCGUGUGGCUUUCCUCCCAGACGGCACUGUUCAUCUGGAAAAGCAGGAUGCUCUUUGCUUGGACUGGGAUGUGGGUGGACUGUUUCGCAGCAACAACGUCUACUUCCACAUUUUCGUGACUUCCUUCCCAUCCUGGGGGGGCAAUAUGCACUGCUUGGCUUUCCAGGGCCAGGAAGUGAAAGCUGUUCCACAGGGGGCGGAUUGCCCAAAGUGGCGGUGGGAUGCUUCUGCCUUGGUGCUUGGAGACUCCUGUCUGACGAUGUCCGCCUUCCCUGAACUCCUGGAUGCGAACGAGACAGUCAGGAACUUGGCCAAAGAAGAUGCCACACUGCAGGAUUGCGACGGCUCCGAAGCUCAGAAAUUCAUCUAUAACUCCGAUGGGACGAUUCAACCGCUGGGGCAAGACCUUCGCUUAGACUGGGAUGCGGCCGGCAUCUUUAUCAAAGACAAUGUAUACUUCUACACUUGCAAUCUUCAAAACAACCAGGUUUGGGCACCCGUGGAAGAUUCUUGA